AUGAAAAAGAGGGCAUGACAGUAGAAAAUGCGCGGUGUACUGUUUUGCCAAUAAUAAAUUUUACUCUAAUCGUCAUAUUUAGCAUUUAAAUUAUUUGGAUUGAAUCCAGAAUAACAGUUAAUAUGUCUUUAAUAAAAAUACUUUGGGAAAGUGCAUUUAGUCCACGUUUAUUUAAAUAUCAUGAAACUUCUUGGAAAACAUAUGAACCAAAUAGCUUCGAACGAUGGGGCGAUCAUGUAAUUACUUCAUUUACAGCAAUAUGGUCAAUAAGUCUUUAUGCUCUUCCUUUUAUUGCAACAUUUAUGUACCGUCGAAGUUAUUCAUUAGCUGAAAAUGCCUACACUUUUUCUAAAUUGAUUGCCGGUGCUGGAGUACUUUUGAUUGCAUCUCUAGCAAUGAGAGGAUAUGCUAGAGCUAAUAAUCCUACAUACGUCAAGUUUCUUAAAACUUUAAAUAAAGCUAGACAAGCUUACAAUUAUGAAUCAAAGCAAGAUCUUCUUAAGUACGAUUUCGAAUUUUGGGCUUGGCCUAAAGAUUUCGAAGUAGUUUCAUUGGACAGACCGGAUGGAAGGAAAAGAAUUGUGUUGCAGAAAAGCUUCAAUAGGUCAACAAGUGGAAGUGGGAAAAAUUUAAUAUUUGCUGUACCUUGUAAACUAGUGUCUUAUAUUAUUGCCAAUACAGUUGCAUUAAAAUUAAUGUAUCCUGGCAGUAUGACACUCAUUAAUAUGGCGAUGAAAUCUGCAAUGCUUCAAGGGAGAAUUGACCUUUUAGAUCUUGGUGGACAGAGAUCUAAACUUUUAACUUUUAACAAAAAUGAAAUUGACACUAUGUUCAUUGAUCGACGUCACAAGUCAUCGAAUGGUCACAUUCUUGUUAUAACAUGUGAAGGAAAUUGUGGUUUUUAUGAAACCGGAGCAAUGUCAACUCCAUUAAAUAAGGGAUAUUCUGUUUUGGGGUGGAAUCAUCCAGGAUUUGGCGGAAGUACAGGGUCACCAUUUCCCGAUGCUGAAAUCGAUGCAAUUGAAGCAGUUAUGAGAUUUGCUAUCGAAAAAUUAGGUUUCCCAGAAGAAAGGAUUAUUGUUUAUGGCUGGAGCAUUGGUGGUUUUACUGCAACUUGGGCUGCAAUGAAUAAUGAAGGAAUUAAUGGUUUAAUUCUUGAUGCAACUUUUGAUGACGUCCUUCCUUUAGCUGUUGCUCGAAUGCCCACAACUAUUGAUAGUCUCGUUCGGAUGGUCAUCAGAGAAUAUUUAAACCUGAAUGUUGCUGAACAAUUAAAAAGGUAUAAUGGUCGUAUUUUAUUAAUACGACGUACAGAUGAUGAAAUAAUGUGUACACCAACCAAUAGUUUAUCGGACAAUCGAGCAAAUGCUUUACUUAAAAAGUUACUGAUGCAUCGUUAUCCAGUUUUGUUUGCGGAUUGUCGUGAAAGUUUAGAAAUAUUAUCAAAAUAUCUAGAAAGUCCUCAUGAUUCUAGUGAUAAUUCUACAAAGUCUCUUGCUUCAAGAACCGAAAGACUUUUUUCUAAUGCGAAACCAUUAAAUGAGAGUCUAUGUAUAGAAAUAAUAAAAAAUAAUCUGGAGAAAAAUAAUAAAUUAGAAUAUCCAUCAACUUUAGGGGAAAAUUGUGAUUCUGAAACAAAACAACAACUUAUUAUUUACCUGGCAAAUAAGUAUAUGGAAGAUCAAGUGUCACAACAUUGUACUCCACUCAUUAAUAAACUUUUUCAUCCAGGAUGGGAUCCUCGAAGUUUGAUACAAACGAAAACAACAUAAUAAAUUAAACUAACUACAUGUGGUGUGUGAUACUUUUAAUCAAAGAAGGUUAUUUUAUCUUCACAUUUGUUCUGAGUGUCUUGAUGCAAAACUGAAUGUUUAUCCACAAAGAAAUUUUUUUCUUGUUGGACAACUAGCUAAUAAAGUUUUGAUAUCUGUCUGUGGUGAUGAAAA